GGUAAAAACGGCGGGCCCAAAAGAUUAGUGACUCGGCCGGCGCUGGGUUUUGCUUCAAAACAACUGACAACUGAUUAACUGAGUAAUGAACUUUUAUGUGCUCUCCUGGCUGCUGUUUUUCCUGGCGCCCGGGGGUUGUCCCAUCUACAGCAUAGACCUGGCCACCUUGGAGGUGCCCACCAACUACUUCCAGAACGAGCUGACCCUGCAAUCGAUGCUUAGCUCGGAGUUGCGCGAAUACCGAAAUGGCCUGAACGAGAGGAUCGGUGGUCAGCAUUCCCCGCCACCAAGGCACAACCCACAGCCCGAUUGGCUCAAGGAUCUGUCCAAAGCGGCGCGGAGUACCUCGGAGACGAGUGUGCCCUUUCUGGGCACCAAUCUGUUUGGCAACUGCCGCAAGAACUGCUUUUCCACGGAGGACAUUGCCCUGAUGUCGGCCCGCAAGGAUUUUGAGCUGCUGGUGCCCAAAUCCUUUCCGCAAUGCCUGCUCAGCGACAGCAUUGUGCACAUGCUCGUCAGGUACUUUAACACCGUUAACCAGCUGGUGAAGAGGAUGUCGGACGAGGACACGCGACUAAUCCUCCAGAGGUCCUUCUACGACGCUUUGGGCGGCUACCUUCGCUACUACCUGCUGCCCAUGGCUCAGGUUUCCUUCUACGCCGGUCGCCUCAAGCUGAGCACCGUGGAGCGAUUGGUGAACAUCUAUCGGCAGUGCAAGACGGCUCUCAAUACGAACGGAAAUGGCUGGCGUACACCGGACAAGGACAUACUGUGCAGGCUAAAAGGUGCCAAGAUCCAGCCUCUUAAGCUGCCCACGAGGUCCUGCAAAUCCCAGGAGGAUGCCUCCAGCUGUGCCCUGCUGGAUCAAAGCUGUCUUUCCCAGGAGCCGGGUCAGGACCAGAUGGUUGUGCCACUGCCGAGACUCGAGGCGGUGGAUGAGUAUGGCUUUCUGAACAACAUCUAUGUGCCCUUCCGCAAGCGAAGGAUCUACAAUCUUCGCUCCCCGAAAUCCGCCUUUGUCCUGGUGAGAUUCUUCCAAGCCCUCACCAGCUGCCAUCGAUUUCUGGCCGUGAGCCAGGUCGACUAUAAUCGCAAGUUUCUCUCCUGGAUAAGGGAAAAUGUGCAGAUGCACUACCAGGAUGAGGUUUUCUACCCGGGGCUGGGUGGGAUCCUCCAGAUAAAGGAGAGACUGUUGAUUCAGAAAAAUAGUCCCGAGGAAGAAUAUCAGGAGCAGACCCCAGCCGACAAAAAGGAGGAGGCCGGAUCUCCUUCCUCCUCCUACGAAGGGGACUCCCGCAAGCUGAGUCGCUCCGCGAUCCAAUGGCAGGAGGCCCCAGACUCGGAGCAGGAACAGGCGCACCAGGACGAGUGGCUGUCCGGAUUGGAGAGGGUCCACACCCGCCAGGACGAACUGGAGGAGUGUCGGGAGUGCGACAACGAUGACUCCUUGAUUUGGUGCAUCGCCGCCUUCCUGGCCCUGCUCCUGCUCCUCAUUCUGCUCAUCAUCUGCUGCUGCAUGAAAAGGGGCAGAAAGAAGAAGGCGGUGCGGCCCCCGGUUCCAGAGGCACCGCCGCCCAAGGAGAAACGGAAAAAGGAGCCGCUGAUAGCUAAGACCACUCAAUUGGAGGUCAAGAACGUCGACGAAGGCGUUAAUCGGUACUACUAUUCCGGAUCUGGUCGCCACAGCACCUCACAGAGAUCAGUUCAGGAUGAUCGCUAUCCGGCAAAUCCGGAGCUCGAUUCCUACACCUCCACCUCCUCGCUGGGCUGUCAGUUCAACAGGAAGUGCGUGCCCCUAAAGUUCGCCCGCGCCAAAGGGGAGGAGUACUAUGUACCCGACAAGGGUCGCGACGAGUUGAACAAGCAAGUCCCCGCCCUAGCUAUUCACUCUGAGGAUUCGUUCGCUCGCCGAGCUCGCCAACCUGCCAAAAAGCCGGCUUUAAAAUCAAAUGAAUCCCCAAAUCGCACUUCGGAAGGCGAGCGGACCGCCCUGGACAAGGAGAAGAAGCGACAGAGGCACUACGGCAUGGAGGUCAAGCGGAAAAGGGACAAGGACACCGAGGCGAGCCAGAAAAAGGAGCAGACUAAAUCCUCAGAAGAGAGAAAGCAGUCAACGCCGGAAAGGCGAACUACCAACCGAGUGAGGAUCGUGACGGACAACGAGUCAACCGACGAUCCUCGUUUGGACCGAGAGAAGUCCGAAGAAAAGCCGGAAACCAGUGCGGUUCGAAAAAAGGGCGGCACUGAGGCUCAUCAAUUCAAUUCAUCGGAUGACAGAAGAUUAACCCCGGCGAUCUCUCCACAGUCGGUAAAGGAUUCCCCCAGCUGGGAAACAACCUUUGAGGAUAACUAAUCGGCAACUGUUUUUUUUUUUUGUUUGUAUGCGUCGCAAUUUUGUUUUUGUGUAUAUUUUAUGAUAAGGUAAUAAAACCUUUCAUUUUAAUAACUUUAAAAAACAAAAAAUUUCUAUUGAAGUUGUUUGUCAAUGCUGCGGUCCCAAUCAAACUAGUUUGAGCUAAAUACAAGAGUCGGACAAAUCUACGCGGCAAAAGAUGGACAAAAAGCUGGAAUCGUCAAAUUAAUUUGGUAAUGAAAGAUUAAUCGGACUAUUUCAAAUAUCUUCAGAUAGCUAAGGGUGGUAAAAGUGGUCGACCAGAUUGUUAUAGAGUCAAUUGAGAUAAGUUUAUACAUAUAAGUAAGAUAAAAAACCCUUUCAGUUUAGUUACCCGAAACGAGAGAGCUGGCAACCAAAUGUGCAACAAUGCAAAGAGGCAUGCAAAUUAAUUAAAAGAUAACAAAGGACAACAAAAUCGAAAACCAAGACCUAACCCAUACUUUUCUAAACGUUUUCGUGCUGAUAAAGAAUCAUGAGUGGUAAAUCUUUGGAUUGUUUACUGGCGAUUAUAGUCGAAAACUACACGAUAAUCUAAAAGCAAAAGAUCCCGACAAAACAAAAGCAUAAUCCAAUUUAUUUAAACGUAAAACGUUUCAAACCCUUAAACGAUUAUAAUCGUAACCUACAAGUUCAACUAAAAGCAAAAAUGUACGACGUUUUGUAACAGUUGAACAUAAUUAAAAAUAAAAAAACCUUACAAGAAAAUAAAUAAAAACCUGUUAUUGUCACCCAAAAACGUUUACAAAGUAUGAUUUGGAUCUAGAUAUGAUCCUCAUUUUGUUGGCCUGUGUUAUCAUCGGAUAAUCAAACUGACAAAUGAAGAGACACUACAAAGGAGAAGCGUGCUGGGCAACAGAGGCAUCAAGAAGCG